AUGUCGCCGUCUUCUCUUUCUCCUGAAAUUCAUCCUUCACAAAGUCGUCUCUAUAGUUCCAGCAGAGACUCUUCUUACCCGUCUUCUUCUUUCUGGAAUCAAUCCAAUUCCAAAAUGGAUGAUGUAGGUUCUUUAAAACCCAUCUCCUUGAAUGAUCAUCAGGGUCUAAAGUCUCGAGUUACCAUACAAUCGCAUAAUGAAUCCGAAGAGCCAGAAGACCCAGACUUCACCCUAGUACUCCCUUCGAAUCGUCUCUACAUUGUCAUCCCAGGUCUCAUGUUAUGCAUCUUUCUUGCUGCCCUUGAUCAAACCAUCAUUACCACUGCCAUCCCCACCAUCGAAAAAAGCUUCGACGACAGCUCAUCGUAUUCGUGGAUCGGUACCGCCUAUUCACUGGCAGAAACCGCCGUCCUACCUCUUGCAGGCAUAAUGAGUGAAGUAGUUGGUCGAAAGGCUGUUCUUUACUCCUCCACCGUCAUUUUUCUACUCGGAAGCGCCCUUUGCGGCGCUGCUAAAAGCAUGAUUUGGCUCAUCUUGUGCCGUGCUGUUCAGGGUAUUGGCGGCGGUGGAAUCAUGUCUUUAGUUACAAUUGUUAUCGCUGAUAUUACACCUCUUCAAACCCGUUCGUACUAUACAGGUUGCUUCGGUGCCACCUGGGGCAUCGCUUCUGUCAUGGGCCCUUUGAUGGGUGGUGCCAUCUCUCAAAAAACAACCUGGCGUUGGAUUUUCUUCAUUAACCUCCCUACUGGCGGUAUCGCCUUGACUACACUUAUCUUCUUCCUUAAUUUAAUUCCCAAGCCAAGGACCUCCUUUUCCCAGUUUAUGAAAACUUUUGAUUUUCUCGGCAUCAUCACAAUCACUGUUGGCGUUGUUCUCUUUCUUCUUGGUCUUAGUCUUGGUUCUACUGCCGGUGUUUGGACACAUGCCAAUAUUCUGUGUUAUCUCAUUAUCGGCAUUCUCUGCCUGGUCGUGUUUGCUGUCAAUGAAACAUACACCAAGCGAGUAAAAAUCAUGCCUCCUGCUGCAUUUAAAACUCUUUCACUCACCUCCAUUAUGGUGACUUCCUUCUUGCACUACUACAUAAUGUCUACCAUCACCUACUACAUUCCCGUAUACUUGCAAGACGUUAAAGGCGAUGGUCCACUCAUGUCCGGUGUUCACACGCUUUCCUUCGCAGUCGUCUCUUCCGUGACCUCAGCUAUCAGUGGCUUUAGUAUUGGCAAGUUAAGGAACUAUACAUACUUUAUGAUUGGUGGCUGGAUUAUCCUUCUGGCAGGUGCAGGCUCUAUGAUUGCCAUUUACCACGAAACCGACAUUUCCCGAGUCAUGGGCUUCAUUGCAUUGACGGCUAUUGGAGUAGGCAAUUUGUUUCAGCCUAAUUUAAUCGCGCUGCAAGCGUCUGUUCCUCCAGCAACCAUGGCAACCUCUUGCUCUGCGUUCAUGUUGCUUCGAAAUAUGGGUUCUUCUAUCGGUAUUGCCAUUGGAGCAGUGAUUUAUGAUCAACGACUAUCCACUUUGCUCCAAGGCAUGUCUUACGAUAAAAACAUUUCAUUUUCACAAAUCCAAGAGAUUACAGAUGCUUCAGAAAGAAAUCGUAUUUUGGAUGCCCUUGCAAAUGCCAUUAGAAUGAUUUGGAUUGUCAACGUACCCUUUGCUGCGUUAGGAGCAAUCCUGUCGUUUUUUACAAAGCAAAACAAGUUAAGCCAAAGCGUGAUGGCGUAUGAUGAGAAUAAAGAAGGGAUAAACCAAGAUCGUCAAGAAAUGGAAAAGCCGUAA